UACGACUCGCGUAUUCGCGAAACGUUUAUUUCGAUAAUCAGAUUUAUCUUUCCCGAAAUACCUAUUUUAUUCGUCGCGUUAUUCUCGUUUGACGAGCGUUUCGCUUUGAAUCGUGUCGGUAACCGAUUCGAACGCGAUGCGUCACGCGUCGUCGGAUAAGAUUCUGUCCUUUCCUGAACACGCGUUAUCUUCGAUGUAGUCGCAUCCGCGUUGCGAAACUUUCCGAAACUCAGCAUCUCGCGGUAACUUUCCAAUUUUUAGCCUAAGAAUAUAGAUUUAGGUGCGCUUAGAGAGACGAAGCAAGAAAUUCUUCUCGAUCUUCCAGUCGGUUCCGACUCGAACGUUCCGCGAAUUCGUCCUACAAUCGGAAACGUUCGAUGAAUCGGAAACGAUUAGGAAGCUCGAAAGUAACUUUCUCGAGAGCUUCCGCGUUUCUUCUCGACUAUAUAGUAGCUUUGCAUCUCGUACGAUUCGGCAAAAUUUAAUCGAGAUUAAAGGUAGGUAAACUACCGCGGUAACUAGUGUCUAGCGAAGUUGGCGUUAAUCGGUGGUACAGCGGACCAGAUAAGGAGGCAGAGUCUCGAAGAAGGGCAAAUUCGUAGUGGCGCGAUCACUCGGCUCUGGUUAGACUCGGUUAGACGAACUCGCGUCGCGGCGAGCGAAAGAGGCUCGGACGUACGACGGCGAACGGAGCAAGGUCGCGCGACGCGGCCCGACGCGAACCGACGCGAACCGACGCGAACGGACGCGAGCGAACGCGAACGGACGAGGCGAGACGGAACGAUGCGUUAGUUUUGCGCGCGUACGAUGUCGGGCGAUAUCGCUCGAUUGGAGAGCGAGCCAGCUGCGUCCGAGCCGCUAGUCGCGUCGAAUGCUGCCUACAACUUCCAAGCCAGCAAACAAACGGCGGAAAGCGUCGUCCAAGAUGCCGUCGAUCAAACAGGAUUUGGCAAGUUUAACCUUAAGAUUAUGGCCGUCUGCAGUUUGAUAUUCAUGAACGUGGCCUUCAGCAUAACCAGCAUCGGAUUCGUAAUACCAUCGGCAGCGUGCGACUUUAAAAUGACCACCGUGGACAAGGGCUGCCUUAGCGCUGCCCCCAUGUUAGGUAUGCUGGCCGGCUCGUAUAUUUGGGGCUGCUACGCGGCCAUAAAAGGACGCAGAAUGUCCUUGUUGGUCGCGUUGUUUCUUCACGGAAUCUCCGAAUUGUUGGCAUCGAUCGUACCGCUUUAUUGGGUCUUUUUGUUUUUAAAAUUCCUAAGCGGCGCAGCAAUGAACGGACAAUCCGCUGUCGUUUUCCUCUAUCUGGGUGAAUUUCAGCCGACAAAGUAUCGCGACAGAAUGCUGUCGUGGAUGGAAAUGGCUUGGGUGAUGGGUAUGAUCAUCUUGGCAGGCGUCGGUUGGAUCGUGAUCCCGAUGGACGUAAACGUGGAAGGCGCCGGUUUCUUUUUACACUCGUGGAAUCUUUUCGUCUUUAUAUGCUCCCUUCCGGCGUUAUUUACCGGAACGUGGUUAUUAUUUUUCCCCGAAACGCCCAAGUACCUCGCUGAAACCGGUUACAACGUGCAAAUGCUGCAAGUUUUAAUGAGAAUGUACGCGGAGAAUACCGGACAACCCGCGAAAGAAUACAAGACGAAGCUUCGAAAUUCUGGCAACAACAAUUUGAACGAACUGGUCCACCGCAUUAUGCAGACGAACGAGAAGGAGGAAGCGACGGAGAAAUCGUUCGAUUCGAUGAUAAAAGACAUAUACGCGAAAACGGUGAUGAUACUGAAGCCACCGUAUCUCUGUAGAACCAUCGUGGUAUGUCUGAUCGCUUGUUUCGUCACGUCCGCUUAUUACACGCUAACUCUGUGGCUGCCGGAGCUGUUUCACAGAUACGCGGACUUCCAACAGGCAUAUCCUAACCGGACAGCCAGCGUUUGCACCUUAAAGAUCUCGAUAAAUCACACGGAUUCGCAAAGGAUAGACGACCCGUUCGGUUGCAACUCGAGAGUACAAACGAGCGUGUUCCUUCACACUUUCAUCUUGGGAGCAUCUUGCAUUCCAACCGGUCUGAUAAUGCCUUUUCUGGUCAAUUACAUGGGAUACAAAUUCCUCUUGGUGAUCACGGCUUUUAUACCCGGUGUCGUGGCAGCUUGUCUCUUCCUGGUGCAAACUUCCACGCAAAAUUUGAUCCUCUCUUGCGCCUACGAAUCCGUCACGUCCGUUUGCCUCAGCGUCGUCUACUGCCUUCUAGUCGAUCUUUAUCCGACGCAUUUACGAGCAAUGGCUUCCGGUUUAUCGGCGUUCAUAAGUCGAAUCGGUGCUAUAAGCGGUACCUUGAUGAUCGGUUACUUGAUCGACGAUUACUGUACAUUGGUGAUCGUCAUCGUUGCCGCUCAGCUAUUUUUGAGCGGUCUACUCGCCCUCUUUACUCCGUCUCGAAAAAAACCAAAACUGAACAUCGAGAAAUCUUAACGAACGUGGAACGAUCCUAUAAAAGGCGACGUAAUCGAAAAGGAAACGAAGAAAAAUUGUUGAAUUUUACGCGAGUGUUUGGCUCGAUCGAACUCCGACAACCCGUAGGUACUUACUUACUCGCGGACUCUUCGAAACGAGUAUCUACUUAAACAACUUUAUUACGUUAAACCGAAACUAUUUUAAUCGAUCUUAGCCGCAGUAUUCCAUGUUCAGUUUGUCAACGUUGACUCGCUAAAAUUCCAAAUUUAUACUUUCUUUUUUUUUCCCUCGAAUAUUCGAACGUUUCGAUCGGCGUGAAAGGUUAUUUAUUUUACUCGAAACGAAUCUUCGAUCUCUUCUCUCGUAUCGGACAAGCGAGUUUACGAGUAUCGAAUAAAUUUAUUUAUAAUUAGACGAAUCUCAGCGAAAUCGUAGCAGUUAUCGAACGAUAAAGCGUAAUUAUAAAUUUACUCUUAAGCGACGAAGCGUAAUCAUAUUCGAAACGCACAAAAUUCUCGCGAAUAGUCUGAAUCGUCGAAUCAGGCCUUGAUCGCAUUAAUCGGGAGAGAUUAAUCGUACAAGUAUUUUUCUAUCUUUUCGCAUAAGAUACUAUAUUCGUGUAAGAAUACUCGACGAAUGUGUUCUUCAUGAACGAGAUACCCUCAAGAUAGCAGAGUAAUAUACGUGUUAGUACUUAAUCGAACGAAGAGCAGACAAGCGAGAAGAAAAAUGCUCAAUUAAGUUCGUAUCUAAGCGAAAUCCAACGAUCUCUCGAAUAUCGACGCGUCGAUCAUUGUACAGGCGAAUUUAAGCGAACAAACAAAGGAUAUUCGAAGAUAGUCUAUUUGAACGUAGUCGAGCGUUUAAAAAGGAAGCUUAAAUCGAAGAUCGAUAUUUGUGUGCCUUAUAUUUUAGUAUCGACGCGUCCUCUGGCCACCGAUAGAUAGUAAAUUUGUUCGUUCGAAAAUCGCGAAAUUUCGAACGACGUCCCAAUGUUGCGCGCAUGGCCAUUUCCAUCCUGGAAUUUCAAUGCCUUUUACUAUACGAAUGUAUACAUAAUAUGUAUGCGCGAUUAUGCGCGGCGUACUAGCUAACCUCGUGUCCACCGUACCUAUCUAGCGAACGCAUUAAACGUCUUCUGCAUUUCCACACCUUCUACGCUUCUAGCCUAUUUUUCUAUUUUACCAGAUCUUUUUAUAUCGUGGACUGUUUACAUGCUGGCCACUGAACGAUACAAUAAAACGCGUGUUCGCAUCGAACCGUUGAA